GCGGCGGCUCCAUUGUGCCCUCGGAGCGGGCGGCGGCGCGAUGGCGCGGGUGGCGGCGGCCCCGGGGCAGCGGGCGGCGCUGAGGGCGGGCUGAGCGCAUGGAGCAGUGCGGACCGGGGGCCACGGCGGCGAAGGGCCGGGCCGGGCCGCGCGGAGCCAGAGCAGCUGAGUCCCACAUAAGCACCGGCGAGGGCCGCUUCCUGCCACGCACAGACCCGGCCUUUGGGCUGCUCCCAAGCCCAUGAACCCCAUGAACCCCAUGAAACCUGCCCUGCCCCCCACGCCACAUGGUGAUGGUCCAUUCGCUUAUGAGGCGGUGCCUUGGCAACAGAGUGCCACUCAGCCAGCAGGAUCGCUGUCUGUGGUCACGACCGUGUGGGGAGUCGGCAACACGGCACAGAGCCAGGUUUUAGGGAACCCCAUGGGCCCCGCAGGGAGCCCCCCUGGCAGCUCCAUGAUGCCUGGCGUGGCAGGUGGCAGCUCCGCCCUGAACUCCCCGCAGUGCCUCGGACAACAGGCGUUUGGCGAGGGUGGUGCCAGCAAGGGCUACGUGCAGCAAGGGGUGUACGGACGAGGGGGCUACCCCGGGGCCCCCAGCUUCACCACUGGGUAUGCAGGUGGCCCUGGGGGGCCGGGGGGCCUGGGCCUCCCCUCUCACGCCGCUCGGCCCUCCACCGACUUCACCCAGGCGGCAGCAGCUGCUGCUGUGGCUGCUGCCGCCGCCACGGCCACAGCCACGGCCACAGCCACGGUGGCUGCCCUCCAGGAGAAACAGAGCCAGGAGCUGAGCCAGUACGGAGCGAUGGGGGCUGGACAGUCUUUUAACAGCCAGUUCCUGCAGCAUGGUGGACCCCGGGGGCCCAGUGUCCCCAGCAGCAUGAACCCUGCUGGCGUGGGAGGGCUGAUGGGCCCCUCCGGCAUGAGCCCCAUGGGCCUGAACCCCACCCGGGCAGCGGGCAUGGCGCCCCUGUAUGCGGGGCAACGCCUUCCCCAGCACGGGUACCCUGGGCCCCCCCAGGCCCAGCCACUGCCUCGACAGGGCAUCAAGAGAGCCUACUCCAGUGAGGUCUGUCCCGGGCAGCAGUACCUGCCAGGAGGCCAGUACGCACCUGGCACCACCCAGUAUGCAGCUGGGGCCGGGCAGCCCCCCGCCCCCUCCGCCUACCCCGGGCACAGGCUGCCCCUGCAGCAGGGCGCGGGCCAGUCCCUGUCCAGCUCCGGCCCCGUAGGACUGCACUACAAGCCGGCAGAACAGUUCAACGGGCAGGGUGCCAGCUUCAACGGGGGGAGCGUCGGCUACAGCCAGCCUGGCCUGAGUGGGCCCGCUCGUUCCAUCCCUGGCUACCCCAGCUCCCCACUACCAGGGAGCCCCACGCCGCCUAUGACCCCCAGCAGCAGCGUCCCCUACAUGUCCACCAGCCAGGAGGUCAAGUCUCCCUUCCUGCCUGACCUCAAGCCCACCGUGAGCAGCUUGCACCCGUCACCCCCUGGCAGUGGCCCCUGUGACGAGCUGCGGCUGACCUUCCCCGUGCGGGAUGGGGUGGUCCUGGAGCCCUUCCGCCUGCAGCACAACCUGGCCGUGAGCAACCACGCCUUCCAGCUCCGCGACUCCGUCUAUAAGACCCUGAUGCUGAGGCCUGACCUGGAGCUGCAGUUCAAGUGCUACCACCACGAGGACCGACAGAUGAACACCAACUGGCCGGCCUCCGUGCAGGUCAGCGUCAACGCCACCCCGCUCACCAUCGAGCGCGGCGACAACAAGACCUCCCACAAGCCCCUCUACCUGAAGCACGUGUGCCAGCCCGGCCGCAACACCAUCCAGAUCACCGUCACGGCCUGCUGCUGCUCCCACCUCUUCGUGCUGCAGCUGGUGCACCGGCCGUCUGUCCGCUCCGUGCUGCAGGGUCUCCUCAAGAAGCGCCUCCUGCCGGCUGAGCACUGCAUCACCAAGAUAAAGCGGAACUUCAGCAGUGGCACCAUCCCCGGCACCCCUGGGCCCAACGGAGAGGAUGGGGUGGAGCAGACGGCCAUCAAGGUGUCCCUCAAGUGCCCCAUCACCUUCCGCAGGAUCCAGCUCCCUGCCCGAGGUCACGACUGUCGCCACAUACAGUGCUUCGACCUAGAGUCCUAUCUGCAGCUCAACUGUGAGCGAGGGACCUGGAGGUGCCCCGUGUGCAACAAGACGGCGUUGCUGGAGGGCCUGGAGGUGGACCAGUACAUGCUGGGCAUCCUCAUUUACAUUCAGAACUCUGACCACGAGGAGAUCACCAUCGACCCGACGUGCAGCUGGAAGCCGGUGCCUGUGAAGCCUGACGUGCACGUCAAGGAGGAGCCGGACGGGCCGGUGCUGAAGCGCUGCCGCACCGUGAGCCCUGCCCACGUGCUCAUGCCCAGCGUGAUGGAGAUGAUCGCUGCCCUGGGCCCCGGUGCCGCUCCCUUCGCCCCCCUGCAGCCCCCCUCAGCCCCGGCCCCUGGCGACUACCCCAGCCAGGGUUCCAGCUUCCUGGGACCCGGGACCUUCCCUGACUCCUUCCCGCCCACCACACCCAGCACCCCAACCCUCACUGAGUUCACCCCGGGGCCACCCCCCGUCUCCUAUCAAUCCGACAUUCCCAGCAGCCUCCUGACGUCAGAGAAGUCCGCCCCCUGCCUCCCAGGCCAGAUGGCACCAGCGGGUCACCUGGACCCAGCCCAUAACCCCGGGCCGCCGGGGCUGCACGCCCCCAACCUCGGAGGCCCCCCAGGGCCUCAGCUGCAGCAUCCGAAUCCUCCGCCAGCAUCCCGGCAGCCCUUGGGUCCAGUGAGCUCGGGGCCCAUUGGCGAGCUGGCCUUCAGUGCUGCCACAGGCAUGAUGGGGCCCCCCAUGUCUGGGGCGGGGGAGGCCCCGGAACCGGCCCUGGACCUGCUCCCAGAACUGACCAACCCCGAUGAGCUGCUCUCCUACCUGGGCCCACCUGACCUCCCCACAAACAGCAACGAUGACCUGCUCUCUCUCUUUGAGAACAACUGAUCUGCCCACCUGGCUGGCGAGGACACGCCCACAGAUGGCACACACCCUUCUCUCUAGCCCAGCCCCACCUGACACCAGCGGCCCUCCCAACGCGUACACCUGACGCCUGGCCCCGAGGCAGGAGGGGACCCCCGGGGCAGCGGCACUCUCUGGACCAGUUUGCAGCUGCAGAACUGUGUGUGCUGAGAAGCGCAGCCCUGGCCCCGUCCCUGCCCUGACCCCAUCCACACCGGGCUCAUGCCUGUCGGCCCCACCUGGUCCAUGCACACCUGCCACCCCUGACCUGUCAACCUUGCUCCAGGGCUCCCCACCCCUGCCUGCUCCCACUGGCCUGCAUCUUGUCCGGUGUUGACCUUUCUGUUUCAGUGACCCCUUGGCCCCGGGCUGGCGAGGAGUGGGGCUACUCUGUCCUGGGGCCUGAUCACUCCCAGCCCGCUGUGUAGGGUGGGGGCAGGGGCUCUUAAGCACAACCAUGUACAUAGUGAAGAAACACUAAUAGACGUAGGGUGGCUGGUCCCUCUGUGCUGCCAGGGUCUCCUGGGGCUCCUGCCCUCACCCAUGUGCAGACAGGGGUGGGGGAGACAGGGGCAGCAAAAGCUUCCUCCUGCUGGAGGAGGGGCACCGACUCAGCCCCAUGUACAGAUGCUCCAGCAGCCUCUUCCCCCAAGUUCCCCUUUUCCGUGAAAGUGAAGAAUUGGUCCGACUGUGUUUUUUAAAACCACCUCCUGUGUCCGCCCUGGGGCUACACCAGGUGGAGGAGUAGGAGGCACCACACCUGUGCAGGGCCCAGCUGUGUCCCACGUCUGCCCAUCUCGAUUAAAGGACUCCCUCGUGGUG